AUGAAGAUUAUCACUACUCUAGGUCUACUCCUGGUCUCUGUCCACCUUGGAAGCUCAAUUCUGAUUGGAUCCUUCAACAUUAAAUCCUUUGGGGAUUCAAAAACAUCUAAUGCCACCCUGCUUAACAUCAUUACCAAAGUAGUGCAGCGUUAUGACAUUGUACUCAUCCAAGAAGUGAGAGAUAGCGAUCUCUCUGCAACUAAGAAAUUGUUGCAAAGUGUGAAUGGAGGUUCUUCUCCAUAUGAAUAUCAGUACAUUGUAAGUGAGCCCUUGGGUCGGAGCACUUACAAAGAGAGAUAUCUCUUUAUUUACAGACGUCAGACAGUGGCCGUUGUCAACAGCUUCCAUUAUGAUGAUGGAUGUGAAUCCUGUGGAACGGAUACUUUCAAUAGAGAACCCUUUGUUGUGCUGUUCUCCUCUAAUACAGCUGUCCAGGAAUUUGCCCUCAUUCCUCAGCAUACAUCCCCAGAAGUCGCUGUGCGUGAAAUCGAUGCUCUGCAUGAUGUCGUCUUGAAUGCUAGACAACGUCUGAACACAAGUAACAUCAUGCUUCUGGGAGACUUCAAUGCUGGCUGUAGCUACGUUUCGAAUUCAGACUGGUCCAAAAUACGCCUCCGCACUGACCAAGGUUACACCUGGCUCAUCCCUGAUAGUGCGGACACAACGGUCACAAACACAAGCUGCCCUUAUGACAGGAUUGUAGCCACCUCUGACAUGAUGAAAGGAGUGUCCGCUGGAUCAGCACAGGUCUUUGACUUCAUGGGAGCCCAAGGAUUGAGCCAGAGCUGGGCCCUGGCAGUGAGUGAUCACUUUCCCGUUGAGGUCAAGCUCCUCUGAAAAACAUCAAGGUUGUUCCCUCGCAGCAGAUAUACACUGCAAUUGCCUAAUAAUGCUUGAUGUGUAGUGCUAUCUUAGACUUAACAAAAAAAUCAUUUAUAUUUGAAUAUUACAAUUGAAUAAUUGUAUAGCAAGUAUAAUUCUAUAGCUAUAAGAAAAACAUAAUUAAAUUUGAAUUUGCAGCUUUAGAAAUCUUCUAUAAGCCCCAGUUCUUCUAUAAUUAUUAUGCAUGCAGUUUUUAUUACCCCAUUAAUAAGCUAAACUGAAGAAAAAAAAUGGUGUAGAAACUAAUAAAGUUUGUGGUGUCGGCUUCUCUGUUUGCAAGAAGUUUCUCUAUUGUGGGUUUUCUGGUAAGCGUGAUUUCACCAAGUAAAACAUAUUCCUGGAUCAACAUCCUUAUCUAGUAUGAGACAAUAACAAACAAACAUACCAUUAAGAGCCAUAUUCUGUGUGAUCCUCUUCAUUAAUAUUCUCUGCGCCUCAAUCGGGUUCAAAUUCAAGCAA